AUGUCCGAGAAAGCAGCCAGCUGCACCAAUGUCAGUCAGGGCCGUCAGGCUGUGAAACAGCUGCAGGCUGAGGCUGGGUUGGAGAGGAUGAAGGUGUCUAUGGCAGCCAGUGACCUGCUGCAAUAUUGCCUGGAACAAGCAAAGAACAAUCCACUGCUGACUGGCAUCCCAGCCUCUUCCAAUCCCUUCAAGGAGGAAAGGAUGUGCACUAUAGCAUAA